CGAGAUUUGAAUUGCCCGUCCAAGCAACGGCGGGACAUGGACUGCGGCGUGUUUGGGCAAUGCUUUCCCCGGCAGUCGAUGAUGCACUCGCCGACAGGUGGAGACUCGUUGGACAGACGCGCGGUGUUCAGGUUAGGUGGAUUUGACUCGCAGACCUAUAUUCCGCACGAAACCAUUACGGUGCCGCUGGCCACCCCAAUCGUCACAUACGGCAUGACGUUUCGCCGCGCGCCAUCCCAUCCCCAGACAAGGUACUGGUGCCAAGUCGACAAAGUAGAGGCUGGUUCUGAAGCGGAAGCGACUGGCGUUGCUUCUGGUGCUGUCUUGAUUGAGUUCGACCUCGUGAAUCUGAGGAACGUGCACUACGACGACGUCCUGUCUCGGUUGAAGCAAGCACAGAAUCGUUCGUCUGGUAGUGUCUCGCUUGUAUUCAGUCAACCUCUGUCUACCGAUGGUAAGAAACCGCUCCUUAUGACGUGCCCGUCGAGCGGUCCCCAAUGGCCAGCUGCGUUUACUGAGGUGACGGACGUAAACGAAAGCCGGCCCCGCACCAACUCGACCAUGACACAAUUUUGGAUGUCCGAUCAACAUGCCAAGUGUUGCGUCGCAUGCGACGAACUCUUCACCUUCUGUCGCCGGCGACACCACUGUCGGUCAUGCGGCCAGAUCUUUUGUUCGACCUGCUGCCACCGCCUGCCCCUCUCGUUCAAGCCUCGCGACGCGUCCAUGAACUGGCUACGAAACCAACUGGUGUGCCAUAAAUGCCAUCGUCAGCUCAAGGAGGGUUUGCUGCAUCAAGCAGUCCCUGCAUCCACAUCGACUUUGAAAACAGGCUUCCACAGAAAUUUCUCCACCCUCCAGCAGCCCCAUCAACGCCUCGUCUCGUCCACUUCGAUAGUGCCGCCCUCCACUCCCAAACUCGCCGAUGCCCCCACAAAUACUCCAAUCUUAUCGUCGUCUCUCUCAGAAUCUGCAACCGAGCCGAAUCAGUUUCUCCAGGACAUCAACCCGGCCCUCUUCGCCAUGUUUCCAAAAGCUCAGAUGGUUCCCGCCGCUCCAGUGAAGGCUCCAUCUGCAGCUGUGCUGCACCCACUCUUUCCUCACUACACGCCCACUGUCAAAGUAACACACCCCACUUUCCGUCGAUGCGGGAGCGACCCCGAUCUGCUGCACCAGACGCACCGCCACGUCCGUUUCCGUGGAUUGUUCGCAGAUGAUGACAGCAGCGUCGACCUCGACGAUGUGCAUUAUACGAACCGCCCGCGGGGAAACAAUGCCAACUUUGGAAGUUGUUCGCGCUCGCUCACAACCCCGAUGCCCUCCAGCCGAACUCUGAUGUCGUCGUACCCUGCGAUGGACACCAUGGCCCGAUUCGUAAAAGAUGGCAACUACCAGCUCUCGAAAGCAUGUGCGAAUGCGUCGGGACUCCCCAACGUCCAAGCCGCGGCCGCCGCCAACCAAGCCCGUAUGGCAGAACAUGCCACGGCUUUCAUCCUGGACAAACUCGGCUCAAUGAUUGAGGAAACGAACUUGCCUGGACUAACUAUCGCCGACCAAUGUGCAUAUAUCGACAUUCUUCUCGCGCUGAGCUCACAUGCUUCGUCUUCGGUCCAAGACGGUGUGGCGGGAUGUCGCAUCAAGUGCUUUCCCGGCGGCGCACCCUCCGACAGCUUUGUCGUGCCAGGAGUCCUCCUUCGCAAACGCAUGGCUCGCAAACGCAUGCGACCGAGCGUCGACAAUCCGCGCGUCCUCGUGAUUGCGUCAGCGCUGGACUACCACAAAGACAAGGAGAGUUUUAGUCCGCUGGAGCACGUGGCCGGCCUCGAGACAGAGUACAUGCGAAUCGCCGCCGAGAAGAUCAAGCGGCUUCGUCCUGACGUCGUCGUGUUUCAGAAGCACGUGCACCGCGUGGCCGAAGAGUGUCUGGCCAGCAACGACAUUGUGGUUGUCAAGAACAUCAAGGCAGGGGAUCUCUCACGGAUCGCUCGCGUCACAGGCGCCGCCGUCCUCACCGCCUUUGACCACGUUGACAAGAUGGCGUCCGACGCCAUUUUAGGCACGUGCAAGCGCUUCCGCGUAUGGACACCGGACCCGCCGGAGCCGUCGUCGCCGUCAUCCACCGCGGCAAAUCGCAUGAGCAGGAAACAAUGCGUUGUGUUCGAGACGGACUCCCCUGCGCUGGGAGUCACGUUGGGUCUGCGAGGCGCCAAAUCCAAGGCAGCUUUGAUGGCCCUCCGAGAUAUUGUCGUGCAAAGUGUGCACCUGGGCUACCACCUGCGGCUGCAACGAUCGCUGUGGAGUGCAUGGGGAAUUGUCCCGCCUUCCCACAUUGCGUCGACCACAUCGACGUCGUUUGAUUCGAUGUACUUGGCCAUGAGGGAAAAUUCGCUCAGUCAGCGAGCGUAUCGAGCCCUGCAGCGCCACAAGUGUCCGGCUUGCAAAGCGUCCGACGUGAAAGUGCAGUCCACGCGAAGGCGAAGCUCCAGCAGUGUUCACCACCUCCUGCUACAAACGAAACAUUCGUCGAUUCAAGGAUGCACUUGUCCGACCGGCCUCACGCGACCGCUAUGUGGGACGCAAGUGGUCGUGUCGACGUGCUGGAGUCGAUUGGACAACUUGGCACCGUCGGUGGCCGAAUGGAACGUCCUGCAGUUUUACACGGUCGACGGCGACUGCAGCAUCGGCAGCUUUCUCGCAAAAUACUGCUUCGAGUCGGCCGCGACCGUGUUUCGCACUGCCUUUAAAACGCACCAGCUGAGUUUCACCCACGACACGACCCGCGUGCACAUUCGCGUGAUGGUGCAGCCGAAUCGAAAGAAGAAAAACGCCGGCGACGCCCUCUUGGACAUGGUCAACUUUGCCAAGAACGCUGUCCAGAACAGCACGUCGGCGCCGAUCACGUGGGUGUGUGGCCCGUACGACGACGCCGCCCCAACGUACGUCGAGAUGUCGUCCGAUAUGCUCGCAUAUUCGUUUGGCAAGUUUAUCGAAGACCUCAUGUACAUGCGGCCGCUUCCGUUUGAUGCAGCGAUGGCGCCGCAGCUGGAAAAAAUCUCGACGGACCAAUGCGUUCGGUACUUUGCCCAGUCGGACGUGGUUGUCGCGAUUGCUACCGAACGUAUCGACCCCGUUUCGACGGUCACGUUGAAGCCGACGCUAUGGCAAGACCCGUACAGGCCGUCCGCGAUCGAGUUUGACGAUUUGGUGCAACUGGCCGAAGAAGUUCGGGGACUAACGCUGCAAAAGAUUGACGAAGCGCUCGGGGAUUUGUGUGUCAUGCAUCAAACAAAGCAGCUCCAGACACGGGAGCUGCCCAAGUCGAUGGAUAAACUCGCCACGUUGCGCGGUAGCGUUCGGUUCUGGUGUCUCAGCUUUACGCAAAAAGUCCGCGAGAGUCCUCCCGUGGAUGUAUUUGCCAGACACGCGUUGUUCCGCGAGAUUUUCGAGCACGCGGCCCGGAUGUGUGUCGAACUCCGCGACAGCACGAGCACCCAGUCGACGUUCAAGCAAGGGAGCGAAGUCGACACAAACAAUGCGCUGCCCACGUGGUGGUUCAAGCAAAUGGCGGUGGAGGAGCAGGGGAAGAGCUCCCCGCAGGUUGCGCCGUCGGCGUCCGACUUGUCGGGCCAAUCUCCGUCGGCGUUGUCGCUGUCGGGGCUUGUUUUGGAUGACCGUGCAAUCAAUCGGACGUCGGUCGACUCGACGGCGUCCGUGGCCGAGUUUGUACACCGCGUCAACAAUGGCGAGUACUCCCCGUUGGACCAACGGGGCGGAUUCAGCGCGGUCGUGUCGGCCGGGAUCACGUUCUUCGACUCGGGCAUCGACUUGAACGAUGCCAUGUCGAGCCAGUCCAACAGUCUCACGCACAGCGAGUCGCAGUCGUGGAAUCGCACGCUCGUGGUCGGUUCGGACAUCCCGAAACUCGGCAUGAUCAAGUCGACCAGCACGUCUGCGUCGACAUCGCAUUUUCUCGAGCUACCGGCAUCCAUCCUUCAGUGGCACCCGAGUCUGCCCGUGGGAGUGGAUGGCGUCGUCGUGCUCGUAAACUCGACGCAGCCGACGUCCGUAGUCGCGUAUUCGCUCUGCUCGGUGGACUAUACGAACCAGCUCAAAGACUGGUUUGGGCUCGCCACUGCCACCCACGACUUGUCCAGGACACACUUGCUGACCGUGAUGAAGAGCGACCGACGGAGCAACAUCGAGCACCUCUUCGUCGACGACAACGAAUUCGAGUCGGCCACCAAAUUUGGCUGCAAAAGCUUCUAUGCGACGCAGUUUCAUGCACUGCGCCAGCUCGUCGAGUACGACGAAAGGCGUUUCGUCGAGAGCUUGUGCACGUGCGAGACGUGGCAAGUGAGCGGCGGUAAGUCGGGUGCCGGGUUCAUGAAGACAAAGGACGAGCGCUUCCUCGCCAAGGUGGUGCCGUCGAACCAUCUCCAGAUGUUUCUCAACUUUGCGCCCAAGUACUUUGAGUACCUUGCAAAAGCCAUCGAGGAAGGGGCGCCAACGAUGCUGAGCAAAAUUGUGGGGGUGUAUCGCAUCGCGAUCGGUGAUACCAGCAUGAACCUCCUGGUGAUGGAGAAUAUGGUUUACGGACGACAAGUCGACGUGCUCUUCGAUCUCAAAGGCAAGAUGGAGGGCCGGUCUGCUCCUGACGAAGGCAGCGGUGCCGUUUUGUGGGACCGCAACUUUGUCAAGAUGUGCCAGGGCAUACCGAUGCCGAUGCACGAAUCUGCUCUGGAUGUGCUCAAAACCGCAAUGAUCAGCGACUCGACCUUCCUCGCGUCCGUGGAUGUCGUGGACUACUCCAUGCUGGUCGGGUACAACCGCCAGAAGCAGGAAAUUGUGGUGUCCAUCAUCGACUACAUCGUCAAGUACGACCUCAUGAAGCGGCUCGAGCACCACGGGAAGCGCCUCCUCCAGGACGAAGGCGAGAUCACCGUGCUCAAUCCCAAACAGUACACGAAGCGCUUCCAAACAGCCAUGACCAAGUACUUUACCUCCAUUCCCUCGCGGUACACUGCCAUUCUCCAGCGCCACGACGACGACUCGUAGGUCGCAUCAUCGACUCUCAGACAUCGCCAUGUUCUUUCGUCGGCCACGUGCGAGUAAAAUUUUUAUAUGGAAUGCGAAGGGGUUAAUACGCUU